AUGUCCAAUUUGACGUCUGCAUCGAGUGAAUUAAGUGCUUCUUCAGGAAUCAGAAAUGGCAACGGUUUUUUCCAUGCUCGCCAAUACUCCUCUACUUCAAUAAAUCAAGAACCACAACCAAAAAAGAAGAGAAGUCUUCCGGGCCACCCAGACCCUGAUGCAGAAGUGAUAGCAUUGACUCCACAGACCCUAUUGGCAACAAACAGGUUCGUUUGUGAGAUUUGUCAGAAAGGGUUUCAAAGAGAUCAGAAUCUGCAGCUUCAUAGAAGAGGCCACAAUUUGCCAUGGAAGCUAAAGAAGAAGAACAGCAAAGAGGUGAGAAAGAAAGUGUAUGUGUGUCCAGAGCCAACAUGCGUUCACCAUGACCCUUCGAGGGCCCUUGGGGACCUCACUGGAAUCAAGAAGCACUUUUUCAGGAAGCACGGGGAGAAGAAAUGGAAGUGUGAGAAGUGCUCUAAACGCUAUGCAGUUCAAUCAGAUUGGAAAGCCCACUCCAAAAUCUGUGGCACCAGAGAAUAUAAAUGUGACUGUGGAACCCUUUUCUCUAGGAGGGACAGCUUUAUCACUCACAGAGCCUUCUGUGAUGCCUUAGCACAAGAAAGUGGUAGAGCAGUGAACCCUCAAUCUCUACUAUCAUCUCAAUCCCAAUUUCGAAGCCAUGGCCUUCAACUUCAAGCACCAUCAUUACUAGUACUCAAAAGAGAACAAGAGUUCAACCUCUUAGGUCAAGAAAUUCCAUCAUGGUUAACUUCUCCUACAGUGUUAGAAGAAUCAAUGCUAAGAACAACCUUCGACUUCUCCCCACCACAGUUAUUCCCCACACAUGUCAACCACUCCUUAUUCCACCAUGAUCAAAACCCUAACCCUACUUCUACCACAACAGCUUCAACAACCACUUUUCUUCCUUCUUUGAGUUCCUUCCAUUAUUCCACCACUUCUCCUCACAUGUCAGCUACAGCUUUGUUGCAAAAAGCCUCACAAAUAGGGGUAGCAGUGAGUGCAGCACCUUCACAAGAGAUGAUAGUGAGACCCCACUUGUUGCUGCAGCAGGUUCACGUGCCUGAAUGUACAACAACUACUACUACUACUACUACAACAGGGCAUAAUAAUAUGGCUUCUUCUUCAGCCGUUUCUGGAAUGGUUAUGGCUAUGCCUUCACGUGAAGAAAUAGGGACUCAGGGAUUUGCUCGUGGCUUGGCAUCUUGA